UAAAAUACAAAUUGAUGUCAAUAUCUAUGCUCGCUCUUGUCGUUAUUGUCAAUCUGAAUCUCAAAAAUGGUGAUCGUUCACGUAAAACAAAAAGACGACAGUCAGUUUCUACAUGAAACAACUCUUAAAACAUCUGUGGAUGAUCUUAUCAACAACAUAGUUGCUAUUUACAAUGGUAGACUGAAGAUACAAAGGGUGUGUAGUGAAAUUUCAGAACUAGCCAAGCAUGGCAUCUUGUAUCCACCUGAAAUACUGGGUUUAACACUCGAACAAGUAGAAGAAAUGAAAUUGGUAGAUCCAUAUGAAGAAAAGUGCAUACCAAGCGGAGGCUUCAUUCUCAACAAAGAUCCCAUAGGCAGAAGGAACGGUCGUCAGCCCAAGAAAGACAUGCAAGAUGUACUGAACAAGGCAAUAGCCGACGCCAAAGAAAUGAUUUCGAAGAAUCUAGUACCCUUGGGAAAAGUGAUGACCAUGAAGAUCGUCCAAGAGGCCUUGAACAUCCUCAAGGGAGCCAUCACCAUCGUUUACCCCAUGAAGUUGCCACCGCAUGACGUCAUCAGGAUGGAGUUCGAGAACAUAGAAGAUCUCACUGGCACCCAGGCAUCUCUUGAUGUCAUUGAUCCCGUCACUGCUCAGCUAUGGUUUUGUGGAAAAGAAAUGUUCAGAGAUAAGACCGUUGCUGAUUAUGUUGGAAAAGUGGAGAACUGCAAGGUGAUUAUGAAGCUCAGCAAGAAGGGAUCAGGAGCACCAGCAAGGGAACCAAUUAUGAACGAUGAAGAAAGGAAGCAAAUGAUGAUGCAUGCCUACAGAAAACAGGAAGAAUUGAAAAAACUAACUGCAGAUGAUGAUGAUUCUUAUCUCAAUUCAGAAUGGGCUGAUCAGGGCAGUAUGAAGAGAAGUUUCCAUGGUUUAACGAAUAUAUCUUGGAGGCCCGGAAGAAAAACUAAAUAAUUGUCAGGAUUUCAAAGUUUUUUCGUGUUUUUUUUUCUAUUGACUACCAUUCUUUUAAUUCUGUGUGAAACCUGAAUUCUAUGUUUAUGUGAUUAAAGGCAAACUAUGUAAUAA